AUCAGCUGAGCUUUCGCUUCAUAGGGCCAAGUGAUUUUUAUCAUUCGUUUUUAAGCAACGGUAGUUAUCUUAAAACCGAAGUACAAGCAUAUUAUAUGCAGCAGCUGCAGUUUUAAGGCAUUUUCUUUCUUAUUUUCUUAUUUUUUGUGAUGGAAUUUCUCGGAGUAUCUCAUUACCAAAACUUGCAGGCUUUGUCUGCGCUGUUAGCAACUCAGCAGGAGGAAGAUGAUGUUGAAGACUGUAAACAAAAUGCAACAGCCCAUGGACAGCUUGGUCCUGGACAUAUUGGCCCCCCUCCUAAAAACGAAAAAGAAGUGUCUACUGCCUACACAAAGAAAACCAGUAAAGAUAUCUGGAGUGAGGAGGAGGUGGCUGAAGGCUCUCAGUAUGAUGAUCUGGAUGACCCGAGACCACAACCUGAGUAUGAAAUUAUCCUGAAGCAGAGUGUUGGGACAGAAGACUUGUUCCUGGGCUUAAGCCAGAAGGACCCAUCUUCGAUGUGCUGUGAAGCCAUGCUGGUUAAAAUAAAGCUACCCGACACAAAGGCAAAAGAUGUCUUCUUAGAUUUAAAGGAGAAGUACCUGGAUCUGCGGACUCCAAAGUAUAAACUGGGUCUCCAUCUCCCCCAUCCCAUCCAGAAUCAAGAGGGCAAGGCACAGUUUUUUAGCGACAAGCAGGAACUGGAGGUGACUCUACCCAUGCAGUGACCCAUGGACUUUAUCAACAUGCAGUAAAAGAAGGAUAAAUGAAUUAUUUCAGCUUUAAAAAGAAGCAAACAUCUUGGUGAGAAAGUUAGGAUAGCACACACUGGCUCGUUAAAGUGCCUGAAAACAAUGGUGGAAGUAAAUCCAAUUUAUUUCUGUAAAUUUUAAUUAAAUCUGGGCUCUUUUCCAUAUGCAAUCUGAUUUUAUAAGAAGAAGUUAUAAUAAAUAUUUUCUGUGCCUCAGUAGCUCUACGCUUGAUUUAAUUUUUUUUUCUAUCAUGUCUGGAGAAAAAAGUAAAAUAACUUUUUAAAUUGAGUAUUGGUUAUUUAGAUAACACAGUGCCCUUUUUAUAGUUGAGUGAUUUAGAAAGUAGACUUGAGUGGCUUGAAGCAAAACAUUAAAGUAUCGAGAUAGAGGAACAAGACAGCAACAUCACGAAAAGGAGAAUUGGUCAGGACCUGAGUUUCCCCACUUUUUAGUUUCUGACUCAUCUUUGCAUCAACCAACCAUUUACUAUGCACUAAAUAUACUCUGCAACAUUUUCACUUUAGAAGUAGAUUUUUCUUGAAAGAGAAAAUGUUUUAUUUGCAUCACAGAGUGUUUUUUUAUGUAUCACAUAAAUAUAAUUGUAUCAUAGUCAAGAUGUUUCUCCGUGCAGCUGCAGAAGGUGUACAAACUAAUUGAACAAGAUGUGUCUGCUGAAGUUUCCCAGACGAGUCGUCUGGGAACUUGCUGUCUUUCCCAUGGCCUUCCCUGCACGGAGAUAGAUUGUUUAGGUUUCGCAUCCCGUAGACAUGAUAGUUGAACUGUUCCUUCUGUCUGUUUUCCUUUGUUUGGUCCUUGAAGAUUAAAUCUCUGCCUCUGUUAGCUGAGAAAGAGGUGAAUACAGCAUCUGUGUAACUCUGAGUUCAUUAGAGCAGAUUUAGAUUUUCGCCUCAUGCAGUGUAUUUUUGCUCUCCGUCUGCAGACGUAUUAAAUAUUG